AUGGCGCAGUGUCGUCCCUGGAGGCGCCUCGACGCGCAGGCGUGGGCGGCGCGCGCCUCGAGCUCGAGCGGCGCAGCCUCGACCUCGAGCGCGAGCUGCGCGCCGACCGCGACUCCGACGCCUCGCUCGACGACCGCGACCACCUCGUCUGAUUGCACGACCGCCUCCGCCGCCGUCCGCCGGCAGACUGACGUCGAACCUCGACCUGCGUCCAGUUGGAGCCAUGCUCAUGGCAGUCACUGUCCUAAUGGAGCACGCCCGACCGCGUCCCACAGCGACUCGCUACAGACUGACCUCAGUGCUGCCACCAGCUGGAACCGCACCUGCGUGAGUGACGUCACAACCGCCCACGUCGCUGGCCCUCGCGUGACGAAACUCAGUGCUGUCCCCAGCUGGAACCGCGCUCAUGCUAGUGAUGUCACUAACGGAGUCGAACCAGCCCCGACCACCGCUGAUCCCAGUUGGAACUUUCUCGAAGUUCAAAACUCCGACUCAGUUCGCGGUCGCCGCACGACUGCGUGCGUACAAACUGUACCUACGUCGCAUCGUGCAAACGUAACCGCCCACGUGAGUGACGUCAAAAACUUGAGCGCCUCCUCUCUGCGCCCACCACUGCCCUUUAACGCCCACCACCACAGAAACGACUUCUUAAUGCCAGGGAAUGUGACCAAUAUUGUGCCUAAUGUACCAUUUUAUUCAUUAAAUGCUCAAAACCAUAUACCACCUCAAAAUGAGGGUAGAAUCAACUUUAACACGCACACCUGCAGUAAUGUGCCUAAUUGGAACCGCAGUGUCGACAUAUUGAAAGCAUUACACAGCGCUAUUCCACAUAAUUCUAAUCAAGCCGAUGAUAGAAAUGUAAGACAAACUUCGAAUGUAGGUAGACCAAUAUUUGAUAUUUAUGCUGUAUCCAGUGAAAAUCCUAAGGAGGAUUAUUACGGAGACGUUGGAAACCAGAAUUCUAACUCAACUUUAUACUAUAGAAGCAAACCAGAGGAAGCAACCUCAAGCUGUACUUGUGUACCCAUUUCCAUACCUCGAGUAUCAAGCUGGAGUUUUACAAAGAAAACUGUUGCAACCACACCAACUGUAUAUCCAAAUCGAGCUAAUUUUGAUACUACCCAUCAAAGUAACAUGAUCAAAAUUCAAUCCGCUGAUAAUAUUAGAAGGUUACAGUUCAUUAAUGCAAGUGUUCCAUCUACAUCAGGCCAAGCUUUUUCUAAUGAUAGAGCUAACUAUCCUCCUAAUGACAACGAUAACGGCGUCUACUGUCCACAAAUAUCGCCUAAAGGAGCGAUCUGUCAUCAACCUAGAGAAAAUAACGUUGCACAAAUUCAGAUACCAAAUCUUGGCAGUAAAAAUGUUCUUCCGGAUUAUGCCAAAAACAGUGUCGUCCAUUGGACGAAUUCCGUGGAAAAUCGGGUAUGCUGUCCUGAAACAGUUUUGUAUGGUGCUGUGUAUGGGCUCAAAUGCUUAAAAUAACUAGUAAUUUUGGUCAUAAAAGGUUAGGUUUUGUGGUGGUGGCGACGGGUGCAUUUUUUUUUGGUGGUUAUAUUAGUGCGAAAAGUGAACACAAGUGUCUGCGGCGUUUAUUGUGUGGAACAAUUAUACCCCAUCGUUGCUUCAGCCCGCGUCUUUAGUCCUUUGAGUGUCGAUGAAUAUCGCUUAGUACAGAUUAUACCCUACACUGCCUAGCGCCUGUAACUACGAAACGUUUUAGAUAUUAUAGUCUUUAUAUCGUACGCUUUAAGAUCGCGUGUUGCAUUUAAACUUUUGUAAUUAAACUUCGAAUACAUAACUGUAUUAUGUAUAACAUAAAGGUGGAUACAUACUUAUAAUAAGCGACGUGUGUUGAGACGAAUCAAAUCGUAGUUUAUUUCAAUGUCUAGCUAGUGUCACACUACAAACUUUUGACAACGUACGUUCUUACUUUUCAUAGAAAAUUUUCGAUUUCAUUUUACUCAAAUAACGUCGCGAAUCAUUCGGGUUGUAUUUUAUAAGUAUGUUUUUAUCAUAAAACUUGGGUUAUGUAAACAAGCAAUAAGCUUUACACAUCGAAUGAUUGAAAGUGUCCUCUGCCAUUAUAUAUUAAUUAUAUAAAAUAAUCGAUCCGAUUUUCUACAUACGACACAGUAUAAUGCCAAUGACCAAUCUGUGUCUUUUGGACAGAAUCGUAAGACUUGACACGCAUGUAAUCGAUCGUUAAAAAUUGAUCUAUAAUAAAAUCGGUCAUUAUUUGCUUGUAUGCUACAUCGAAUGCCAAAAUAACGAUAUGAAUGUAUAUAAAAUCUUGCUAUAGCAGCCGAUUUUAUUAAAGAGUGAAUCGGUCGAUAAAAAAUCGAUUACGCGUGUGUCGAGACAUGUUAUUCGUUACGUUCUAUGCAUAAAGGCUCAUGUUCCUACGUGUUUAUUGAAUUUUUACAGCGCGAUAUGACGCAACGGUGGGGUAUCAACUUAUUAUAGAACAAUAUUUCGCUUGGCGGCGAGCGUCCAAAUGAAUCUAGUGCAUAGCGGCAAAAUUGAUCUCAAUAAAUAAAUAAAGACUACAAAAAUACGUAUAUAAAUACGGACAUCUAGUGGAAUUGUGCGAGUAACGUAACGUGUUUUACUGUUUUCUAUGUAUUAUACAUGUGACGUGAGGACGUUUAAGAGUCGAUCGUUUCGAUGUUAGUGCCUGCUAAGUCCGGUUUAGUGUUAGAAACCUCGACCACUGUUAAAGGGAACUCUUUGAUCAUUUUACCGAAAAACGACUUGCAAUUUCGAGAGGGCAAUUUUUUUUUGCCGCUCCCCGCACCUCCCCUUUGGUGCGAACGGGCGUGGAAGUGGAAAUUCGUAGAAUCUUGUAGCGUUCAAUACAAGAUUUUAACUGAAUUUUUUGGAACUGUUACGCAUAAUUAGAUGAUUCGCAUUAGACUGUACUGAGUCCGACGCGUGGACGAAAUUCAGAUUGGAAUUGUAUAAAAUCACAGCAGACCGUACUGGAUACGAGCCGUAUUCGAGUUUUUAGAGUCCUGUUGUUUCAUAUAAUAUUCUGAUCCGUCGGAUGUGGCACGGGUCGGAUUCGACACGGUCUAAUAUGAAUCUUCCCUUAAUCUUUCUUUCGGUUGUGCCGAAACCGUCGUCACAUGAGUGAUUUUAUUAUACAUACUAUAGUAUAGUAGUUAAUUUCUAUGAAAAAUUCUCUCUCGAAACCCGUAGUUAUUAAGCAUUAUUAUAUGUGUGACUAAAACGAUUUUCUACAGAAACAAUUGACGUUUUAACUUUGUUUUGAUUAUGUUUUUUUUAAUUCGACUUAAGUAUGUUCGUUGAUAAGUUAACGUCCCGCAAGUGAUAAUAGUGAGGUUGCAUUCGUGCAUGGGUGACCUUAUAUUCGGAAUUCUUAAAGGAUUUAAGGCUAGUUAGUUGCAACUUUGCAAGGCCUUCUUUAAGCUAGUUAAGUUAAGAAGUGCGAUUUUAUUUCGGUGGAUAAUAGUUAUAUAUGUAUAUGUAUAGUGUAUGUAAUGGGUUGAUAUGAUUUUUUUUAACGCAUAGAAGCGAUACGCUCACGGUCGCACGCAGUGAAAUACAAAUACGUAUCGGCCAUUUUGUUAUAUAAAUGGAGUUAUAUAGUUACAUAGCGUUAUAGCUAGCGCACAUAUAAACGGACUACUUAGUAUAAAGUAUUUUUUUUUUUUUUUCAUUUUAUCUUCUGACUCGAGAUAUUAAUUAUCAAUUCUUGACAUCAUUUUUAUUAAAAAUAAUUGUAAAAUGACUGAUGCAAAAAUAUAAUUCGCUUGAAUCUGUAGGUAAUCUUUGCCAGUGUCAUGCUAUCACAAACAUAUUGCAUCUAUAUGUGACGGCCUUC